AAGUCUUAAGUUUAACCUAUGGGCCCCUUAGUUUCACCAGGGUGAAAUAGUCACCGAUAACUGUCAUUUUUCACACUCUUGUGUGCAUUUUCUUCGUAUAUGAAUGCACAUUUAAUUGUACCCAUAUGUGUGUGUGUUUUUGUUUUCAAAGCUUGUUUGAUGACAGCUAGGAAAAAUGUUAGCUUCACAUACAAACCUGCUGGGAAGGUUAAACAAAGACGAAAGAAUCCAAGGAAUGCCCUUUAUUUAAAAAAAUGUGGAACCACGAGUUUGACCUUUAAAGAGGAAAUGUUACACUACCUAUCACUUGUCACACUUGAUAGGUGAUAGGGUGAUUGGAAAGACAAGUGGGGGGUUAUUUAGUAAACACAUUCUUUCUUCUAAAUGUUUUUUUUUUUUUUUAGCCCUUCCCAUUUUACCGUGUUUGACAGCUAUAUAAGUGGCGAGAUGCAAGUCAGUGACCUAUCUGCAGUUCCAUUCCACAUUCAACAUGAGUACCCGACCCUUCAGCUACAGGACCAUGAGUGUUUACGGAGGAGCAGGUGGCCAUGGCACCCGCAUCUCUUCUAGCCAAGGUCUGACCUUUGGUUCUGCUGGGGGUUUUAGCCUGGCCGAUGGCUUGGACCUCCAUGUUGGGGCCAACGAGAAAGCCACCAUGCAGAACCUGAAUGACCGCCUGGCCGUCUAUUUGGAAAAGGUCCGCACCCUGGAGAAGGAGAACAGCAACCUUGAGAAACAGAUCAGAGAAUGGUACCAGAGCAGAACCAUCGUUGCGCAUGACUACACCAAAUACUUUGCUAUUAUUGAUGACCUGAAAGACAAGAUCCGUAUUGCUUCCAAGCUUAACGCUAGGACUCUACUGGAUAUUGACAAUGCAAAAUUGGCAGCAGAUGAUUUCAAAAUGAAGUAUGAAAAUGAGCUAACCAUGAGGUUGGCUGUGGAGGCAGACAUUUCUGGACUGAGGAAGGUGCUGGAUGACAUGAACCUGGUGAAAAUGGAUCUGGAGAGUCAGUACGAGAGCCUGAACAAUGAGAUCAUCAUGCUCAAGCGCAACCAUGAAGAGGAGAUAGCCCUGCUGAGAGGUCAAGCGGGUGCGCAGGUCAACGUGUCCGUGGAUGCCACACCAUCGGUAGACCUGAACCAAGUCAUAUCAAGCAUCAGAGAACACUACGAGAAAAUGAUCAGUAAAAACCAAAAAGAACUCGAGGCGUGGUAUCAGAGAAAAAUUACUGAUAUCGAGCACGAAGUGAAGGUAAGCACAGAGAUUUUGGUAACAACGCGCACCGAGAUCAAAGACCUGAAGAGCACAUUUCAGAGGCUGCAGAUUGAACUCCAAUCAAAUUUGAGCAUGAAAGCAUCUCUGGAGGGGACACUGGCAGAGGCUCAGGCCCGCUAUUCGGCACAGCUAGCAAACCUCCAGGAUAUGGUUAUAAGUCUUGAAGCCCAACUCUCCCAGCUCCGCGCCAACAUUGACAGCAACAAGCAGGAGUACGAGAUGCUGCUUGACAUCAAGACCCGUUUGGAGCUGGAGAUUGCGGAGUACAGGAGGUUGCUGGACGGGGAGGAUGAGAGCUCAAAACAAGUGGUCACAAAGGUCAUCACUGUUGUGGAGACAGUCGUGGAUGGAAGGGUGGUGCAGAGCAGUAAGACUGUCGAUGUGGAUGUGGAUGAGAUCAAAUGAAAACAUUUUUAAAAAAUGAAUAAAGAUUGUGCAGUU